CUCUUUCCCACUCCGAGCAUCCGAACGGCUCCGGCCAAGCCAGGCAGGCAGGGAGGCCGCAGUGAGCGAGCGAAUGUGUGAGUGCUGAGUGCUCCAAUGCAAGGCCUGCCUAUUCGCUGCAUUUCCAAACGCCUCGCGACCUUCUAACGUGUUCGUCCUCUACUUCUCGUCACCUGAUGCGCUAGAAAAGUUCUCGGAACCUGGAAAAAAAAAAGAACAGAGAUGUUACAAUAUUGGUAUGCGUUAACGAUUGCCGUCUCCAAGAAGUGAUCGAUUCCAACAUGAAAACAGUCAGCGACUUUACUCUACACAUCAGUCGUAGACGAAGUUACCAUGACAGGUCUGUACCUUCACCUUGUUGCACGGGGUAUGCUUUUUUAUUUGAUACAGGUGAAUAAAGAACGGGAGAAGGAUGAGAACGCCCCCGGUGGAUCAAUUCUUCCGCUCCCUAUCCAUGGACCCGGACGGGGAGACCUCGGCCCAGAUCCUUGAAAGCAAGCCUUCCAUCGACGUCCUGUUGUCCAGCGGAACCGACGAGUUCUCCAAUGCCAUUCUGUCGAUUCAAGAAGGGCUGAGGCAGCUGAAUAUGGAGACGGAACCCGACGAAGAGGAGGAGGAGGAAGAAGAGAUAGAUCCGGAUGUGGAUAUGGGCGUGGAAGGGAGCCCCGAUGUUAAGAAAGCUCUAACGCCGGUCACGUGGUACGAAGGAAUUCUCUCUUGUUUCAGGCCAUUCUUCGGAACACAAGGGAAACACCGCAAGACCACGGAGCCCGGUAAUAUAGACUUUUUAAUGAAGUGGCAGGAAGAGAUUGAACUGGAAAUGAGCGAGAUGUACAAAAAAAAUGUGAUUCUGGAUGAAGAGAUCCUGAAAGGAAGAGAAGAAGAGCUCAAGAGGGCCGAAGAGAGGCUGCGAAUAGAGAUGCAAAAAACAUUGGACCUCAGGCGUCGCUAUGAGGAAGGGAUGGAGAUGAACAUGAAUGUUUACAUGAACCUUUGUUCUUAUCUCCUACGUUGUGAGAGACAGCUUGAGGAUCUCUGUAGAUGCCCAAAUUGUGGGUUCAAGGACCUAAGGAAGAAGUCCAUUCGCCCUCCUCAAUUACAAAGAAGCUCAAGGUUUGUGAGAAAGAGGUCUGGGCCACGUUCUCCUAAGAAGAGUGUCAAACUGUUGAAGAAGCCCCUGUAUGCUGAGGUAAUGCAUGGGAUGAUGAAGUCCACAGUGUUCCCAGAAAGAAAAGGAGAGCCACUACCAAAUGCUGUGUCAGAUGCCAUCAAGGGUCGGAAGUCUCGAGUUCGUCGAGGACGUCCUCAGGGCUCCUCUUUUACCUCUAACGCAUGGCCAUCUCGAGAUAAAUCGCCCCUUUUCUGCCCCAAUGUCUCAGUUAAUUUUCAGUCUUCUGAGGCAGAGAAAGGAGUGAAACAAAACUGUGGCACUCAAACAGAUGACUCCUGGAUGACAACCAGUGAAUCUGACAUGGUUACAUCCCAGGGCUCAGAGUACUGGGGGAAGAAGCAAUCACAAGAAGAUGUCAUCAAUGGCAACAACUGUUUUGGAAAAGAAGAACCCUCGCAUGGGACUGAAACUUCUCUGGGAUCUGAUAGGAAUUCCUGGAAUGCAUAUGUGAAAAGGAAGGAAGAACAUUUGCAGAAAUUGGAACUGUUGUCACGUUGCUCAUCUUCACGCACAGAGAAGAGAAGGAAUUCAGAGUCAGCUGCUUCUCAAGUGGAGUCAGGUGUUGGACUUGACUUUUCAACCGACGAAGAAGAUGAAGCCAGUUCAUGGUUUCUCACCCGCAAGAGUGUGGCUCGUCGGCCAAUUCAUCCAAAGAGAAGCCUCUCAGGAUCUGUGCACUCUGUGGCAGCAAUCAACACAGAUGUCUUUCAAAGCCAAAAAUCCUUUGCCUACAAACAGGUGAAAAUGCUGGCUGCUGUUGGUAGAAUUGGCAGAUGUGCCACUCAGAGGGUUUCCUCUGGCCUGUCAAUGGUGGCAUGUAGCGAAACUUUCACCCCAACCAUCACCAAAGUUUCGAGAUGUAUUCCACAAUCAAAUCAUGUGAUGACUUCUCGACAUGAGUCAACUGAGGCCAAGGCAGUUACCAAACCUACUGUGAGAAAGCAUGAUCCCCUGCUGAGGAAAAGCCUUUCAGAAUUUGGGCAGUAUGUGGCUGAUUGCAUGCCAAAGUAUGUGCAACAAGUGCAGUUGACAGCCACUGAUGAAUUAGAGGUUCUCAUUGCACCUUCUGGCAUCAUCCCAGUCAUUUCUUUCCUCAAGGAUCAUCAUAAUGCUCAGUUUCUGAACCUCACUGACAUUGCUGGAGUGGAUGUCCCAACACGAGUCCACAGAUUUGAGAUUGUGUACAAUCUCCUAUCUCUCCGCUACAAUGCCCGAAUCCGAGUGAGGACAUACACCGAUGAACUCACCCCUGUUGACUCCAUCUGUGACAUUUUCAAGGGUGCCAAUUGGUAUGAACGUGAAGUGUAUGACAUGUUUGGAGUCUUCUUCCAUAAUCAUCCUGACCUACGAAGAAUUCUCACAGAUUAUGGCUUUGAAGGUCAUCCAUUUCGCAAGGAUUUCCCAGUCACUGGUUAUGUAGAGGUGAGGUACGAUGAUGAGGUGAAACGUGUUGUUGUCGAGCCUUUGGAAUUGGCCCAAGAAUUUCGAAAGUUUGAUCUGUCAUCACCAUGGGAAACUUUCCCAGCCCAUCGUAUACGUGGACCUUCCACUGAAGAGGCCCCAACUGAGGAGAAAGUUGAGAAAGAUAAGAAACAGAAGUAGGGAGAUGUUUAAGUUUUUUCUUCUAAAAUUCAUUUAUCUCUGUUCUUAAAAUGUGUGAUCACCUCCCUGUCUUGUAAAUUAUGGAAUAAAAAGUCCAAUAGUGUCAUAA